AUGGACUGGGAACAGUUGCCCAAGAACUUUGCCUUCCGAAGUGCAAUUCCUGAAAUUCUUUGCGAUAAAGAGUCAUCCUUCAAAGCCAAAGUUGACAUAGUCGCCUACAUCACUGCCUUUGGCUACGCCGUGGUGGUCCCAUGUUGCCUCCUGUACCUCUAUGCACGCCAGCACCUCCUCUUGCGCCGCAGCAGGAUGACCACCACAUUUGCAACUCACCAUCAUGAUCUCAAAGUGACAUUGAGGCCAGUUCUGAAGUCAGGAAAGCCGACCCCAGAGAAGCAGGAGCAGUGGACGCGUCACACGGCGGCAUCGACCGCUGCUUACAUCUCCUUGACUUUUCGAGGGCCGCUCUCUUUGAAGAUGGAAGAAGGGGAGAUGGUGGUGCAGAUGCUCGAGGGUUGCAGUUUGACGCACGGAGAAGUGGAGAUGAAUAUUUCGGACGUGGGCACCUUCCUUGACGAGGAUGAGGUUGAACAGGCGCGGAUACUGAGAUGCAGGGCCAUCAGUGAGAUGCUGAUGGAAAGGAGCACCCUUCAAGAAGUGGCCCCAUCAGAGAGGAUCUUGCUGGGUGCCCAGGACUUGCUGGCAAAGUAUGCCUUUGGUAGAAACGUCUUCCUGGAGAUCGUGCAGAAGUUGGUGGCCGUGGCCCUGGUCUCCACCGUCUCCAGCCCCGAUGGCUUGCAGCAGGCCCUCGGCAUCACCCUCACCACGGCGGCCAUGGUGGCGUUGGUGCAGCCGUAUUUGAAGCCGCAGGCGAACACACUUUUGGCGUGCUGCUACCUUUGCCUCGCCGUGGCGGCGUGGGCUUUCCAUCGGCGCGUGGCCUGGCUGAGCCGCGCGGCUCUGGCGCUGCCGUUUCUGCUGACCUUGCUGCAGUCCUUGACCCCGGACGGGGCCGAGACCCGGGCCCUGCGCAUCUGGGAGGACUUGGAACCCCAAGUCCAGGCGUUGCAAGAGGGCAAGGUCGUCGAAAUCACUGCAGAGCCUGGGCUGAAGUCAUUGCGCCUGCGGCGCCUUCCGCUGGAGGCCGCCAACGGCGGCCUUCUGGUGCUGGUGGCUCUGGCUCGAUUUGUGGAGGGGGCGAAAGAGUGUGCAAAACGAACGCCGGUGCUCUACCUGCGGAGGCACGGCCGGCAGAGUGUUCCGCUUGGCAGUGAUAUGAUCCUGGCGAGUAGACCUGCCCACCAUGAUGUUCUGGAUGAUGACCUGACCCUUCACCGCGUCCGUGGCAAGUGCCCACAGGAGGUGCCGUUGCGGGCAGUUCUGACACAGCUCGGGCUGAAGGAUGUGGAGGACGUGUACAGGAUGCGUGGGAUUGAUUGGCGCGGCUGCGACGUGUGGCAGAUCGAUCUCGAUGGCCUCGAGGAGGUGCAGGGCACCUUGGACGAGCGAAUCGCGGAGCUGCCGAAGUUCUCCUGGCUCGACCUUGGCGACACCAACGUCACAGGGGACGUGAAAGCCUUGGAGAACAACACUUACCUCGGCUUCCUCCACCUCGCAAACACCCGGGUGACGGGAGACCUCAGAAGUCUCUCCCAAGCCACGUGGUUGACAGCUCUCAACCUGCAGAACACCCGGGUGGCCGGUGACCUGAGCGGCCUCUCUCAAGCCAGGGGGUUGAACGCUCUCGACCUGCGGAACACCCGGGUGGCCGGUGACCUGCGCGGCCUCUCCCAAGCCAGCUUGACAUAUCUCGACCUGGAGAACACCCAGGUGACAGGUGACCUGAGCAAUCUCUCUCAAGCCACGAGGUUGCAAACGCUCAAGCUGCAGAACACCCGGGUGACCGGUGACCUGCGCGGCCUCUCUCAAGCCAGGCGGUUGAACGUUCUCGACCUGCGGAACACCACGGUGGCCGGGGACAUCUCCGCGCUGCGCAACUGGUCGGAGCUUGUGACGGCUGAGCUGUCCCGGACCCAGGUGUCAGGGCGCCUUGACAGGUCGUGGCGUGGCCAUUGCCAGCGGCUCCGGGACUUGAACCUGGCGGAGACCAAGGUGACCCUCGAUCCAAAUUACGACGACAAGUGGUUCAGCUGUCUAGGACUAGGAGGACAUCCAGAUCUCGACCACUGCUUUCUCCCAAAGUUGGCCACCUUGGACCUGAGCGGCUGCCCGCUCAACAGUGCAGCUGCUGACUUUUUGGAGGGCCUGCGCGCUUCGCCGUCGCUGGGCACGCUGAAUGUUGGCAACGCCGGACUUAGCGGCCUUGUCACCGGCUACAUUCAGGACGUGCAGGCUGUGGCCGUUGACUUGUCCUCCAACAAGUUGACACACAUCGGAGCGCUUCCACCCAACUGUCGAAGCUUUACAGCAGCAAGCAAUUACGGCAACUUGACGUUUGGGAAGGGUGUGCUCGGCAAAGCCAUCAGUGCCGGAGUUUCGCUCGACCUGUGGAAUGUGACCUUCGAAGAUCCGACUGAAGCUUGCUACUUACUAGACCAACGUCGUUCCUUUUUCUGA